AGCGUUACGGAACCCUCGCGAUGAAGUGCGUGUUUGUAACGGUCGGGACCACCAGCUUUGACGACCUCAUUGCGUGCGUAUCGGCGCACGACACUCUGCAAAUAAUCAAGUGCCUUGGUUACAACCGACUUGUCCUACAGAUAGGUAGAGGAAAGGUGGUACCUGAACCAUUCAGUACUGAGUCAUUUACUCUGGAUGUUUACAGGUACAAGGAUUCAUUGAAAGAAGACCUUCAGAAAGCAGAUCUUGUUAUUAGUCACGCAGGUGCAGGAAGCUGUUUGGAGACUCUGGAAAAAAGAAAGCCACUUGUAGUGGUUGUAAAUGAAAAGUUGAUGAACAAUCAUCAGCUGGAAUUGGCAAAGCAGCUACAGAAAGACGGGCAUCUCUUCUCCUGUACCUGCAGGGUCCCGACUUGUCCUGGGCAAGCCAGCCCUGCUUCUUCUGCUCCUGAGAAGUGCCAAGAUUUUGCAGCGCUGACUCCAACUGCCUUCUCAUGCCUAGACUUUGGGCUCCUUUCCGGAUACCUGCAUAAGCAAGCCGUUGUCACUGCUACCCAUCCUCCCUGCACCCUGCUUUUUCCUUCUUGCCACACUUGUGUUCCUUUCUCUUUCUCCCCACUUUCACACCGCCUCCCCCUGCCGUGCACAAUGCAUAAAGGAUGGAAAAAGUACUGCGGCCAGAAAUCUCUGACUGAGGCAUCAAUGGAUGAAUAUUUAGGCAGCUUAGGGCUGUUUCGAAAACUGACUGCCAAGGAUGCCUCUUGCCUCUUUCGGGCUAUUUCGGAGCAGUUGUUUUGCAGCCAGGUCCAUCAUUUGGAAAUCAGAAAGGCUUGUGUGUCAUAUAUGAGAGAAAAUCAACAAACUUUUGAAUCUUAUGUGGAGGGAUCUUUUGAGAAAUACCUGGAACGGUUGGGAGAUCCCAAGGAAAGUGCUGGCCAGCUGGAAAUAAGAGCUCUUUCUCUAAUUUAUAAUCGGGAUUUCAUUCUUUAUCGCUGUCCUGGAAAGCCUCCAAGUUCUGUCACAGAUAAUGGCUAUAAAGACAAGAUUGUACUCUGCUAUUCAAGUAAUGGUCAUUAUGAUUCAGUGUACUCAAAACAAUUUCAGUCAAGUGCAGCUGUUUGUCAGGCCGUAUUGUAUGAAAUUCUCUAUAAAGAUGUGUUUGUUGUGGGUGAAAAAGAGUUGAAGACUGCAGUUGAAUUGUUUCGAAGUGGUUCCAAGAAGAACAGAAACAAUGCUGUGACUGGCAGUGAGGAUGCCCAUAGUGACUACAAGAGUUCAACUCAAGAUAGGACUGAAGAGUGGGGUGCCUGCUGCAAUGUUGAGAAUAUACCAGAGGGGUACAAUCAAGGAACAGAAGAAGCAAAGUCUCCAGAAAAUCCAUCAAAGAUGCUCUUCCCCUAUAAGGUGCUCAAAGCCCUGGAUCCAGAAAUCUAUCGUAAUGUAGAAUUUGAUGUUUGGUUGGACAGCAGAAAAGAACUUCAAAAAUCUGAUUACAUGGAGUAUGCUGGGAGACAGUACUAUUUGGGAGACAAGUGUCAGGUUCGCUUGGAAUCAGGUGGAAGAUAUUAUAAUGCUCAUAUUCAGGAAGUUGGAAAUGAGAACAAUUCAGUAACAGUCUUCAUUGAAGAAUUGGCAGAAAAGCAUGUUGUUCCACUGGCUAACUUAAGACCAGUUACCCAAGUGACACCUGUUCCUGCCUGGAAUGCUAUGCCCAGUCGGAAAGGAAGAGGUUACCAGAAAGUUUCCGGGAGCUAUGUCCCAGAAAUGGGUGUGUCAGAGAUAGACAUGAAGCAACGGAAGAAGAUGUUCAAGAAAGUUAGAGGGAAAGAGGUUUAUAUGAGUAUGGCUUACAGCAGGGGAGACCCCCUCCUCCCACCAAGGCUUCAGCACAGCAUGCGUUAUGGGCAUGACCCUCCAAUGCACUACUCACAGCCUGCUGGAAGUGUUACGUCUAAUGAACAUUUUCCUCCUCAACAUUCAUCUCAGAGACAAGGUCGGGGAUAUGGGAUGCCCAGGGAUUCAUCCCGCUUUAUAAACAGGCACAACAUGGUGGGCCCUAAAGUUGGUUUUUACCCUGGCCCAGGUAAAAGGUGCUGCCAGAGUUAUGAUAACUUCUCCUAUAGAUCUCGUUCCUUUAGACGGAGUCAUCGCCAGAUGCAUUGUAUGAAUAAGGAGUGCCAGUAUAGCUUUGCCCCAGAGAAUGGACAGAUGCCCAGGGGCUUGGAGGAAACCAUUACUUUUUAUGAAGUUGAAGAAGGGGAUGAGACUGCUUAUCCAACUUUACCUAAUCAUGGAGGGCCAUCUACAAUGGUUCCUGCUACUUCGAGAUACUGUAUUGCAAGGCGAGGACCUAGCUCAGGCAAACAGGCUUUGAAUUCAGAGGAGGGCGAUGGCCAGAGUGACAAUGGGGGAUAUCACGAAGAAUAUAUUUAUCCUCCAGAACCAGAUUAUGAAACUUCAGGUGUUUAUAGCACAACUGAAUCUACAGCAAACUUGUCUCUUCAGGACAGAAGACCAUAUUCUAUGUCUCCUCAGGACACAGUUACCUCAUACAACUACCCCCAAAAGGUGGUGGUAAAUUCUGCAGCAGUUGCAGCUUCCUGUGCCAAUAAUGUUCCAGUUGCAGUCUUAUCUAACAGUACAGCAGCUAAUCAAGCUAGUAGUACCACUUCAGUUUCCUCACAGAAUGCUGUACCACCUCUAUUUGUAUCUCCACCAAAACAAGGCAGGCCAGUGAUUGCUUCACCAUCUUAUCCAUACCUCUCUGCUGCUAUUCCUGCUGCUGCUGCUGCCUCUAUACCUCCACCACCUCCUCCUCCUCCUCCACCACCACCUCUUCCACCUCCUCCUCCUCCUCCACCUCCUCCUCCUCCUUCUCCUUCUCCUUUCGAGGUGGGAGAGGCUUCAAAUUUACCACCACCACCUCCACCUUAUUCCUGUGAUCCAAGUGGCAGUGAUCUGCCUCAAGAUACAAAAGUUUUGCAGUACUAUUUCAAUCUAGGAUUGCAGUGCUAUCACCACAACUACUGGCACUCCAUGGUCUAUGUGCCACACGUGCAGCAGCAGCAGCAGCUUCAUGUAGAGAAUUAUCCAAUCUAUGCUGAGCCACCUCCUCUGGUAGAUCCAACCAUUCCUCAGUUUUACAGUGAGGUGGGGAGACAAGAUGGCACACAGGUGCAAGCAUCAGCAAAUGGUACUUUUCCAAAUGCUGAAUCGACAUCUGUCCCUCAUGGAGCAGUCUAUUAUCCAGUGAUGUCAGAUCCCUAUGGGCAACCACCUCUGCCGGGUUUUGAUUCUUGCCUUCCUGUUAUGCCAGAUUAUCCCUAUCUUGCCCCCUGGCAUCCAGUUGGUGCAGCAUAUGGUGGUGGUUCUCAAAUUCAUGGUGCUAUGAAUCCUGGGCCAGUUGGCUAUAUUGCUUCACCUCCCUCAGCUUCUCAUUACAUACCUCAGAAUAUGUAAGAUGCAGCAGUAUGAAGUAUUCUUGCACUGCCGUUUUUCUUGCUGUUUUGGUUUUUAAAAAGUGUUUUAUGUUAGUGGUUAAGUGAUUUAGGUGGUUAGAGUGGUUGCUGUUAUAUCUGUCUUUAAGAUUAUUUUAUCUUUUGAUUUAAAAUAGUACUUUAAAAUAAAGGAAUAUUACUUUGGGUUGUGAAUAAGGAAAUUGAGGUGAAUGUACAACUAGCCCCAUAUUGAACAUACUUCAUUGUAUUCAGCUGUUUUCCUGUCAGCCAGUUUGUCAACUUUAUAUUAGCUGAUAGUACUAAUUGAUAAAAGGAAUCAUACAAACUAUUUCCUUGGUUCAGAUGUCAGACAUCAUAUUAAACCGUGCAAAAUUGGAAUAACUUCCACUUUUUUCUAGAAAAUAAAACAGUAAAACCAAGAGCAUUUGCUUCUGGGUAACUAACAAUAUUAAAUGAGAGAGCUCUUCAGGUUUCUUAAGAAUUGUCUGAACUGAGUUGUGUUCUAUGAUAUUAAUCAGUUUUGAAGGCACAUGGUGCUCUGCUUUAGAUUUAUCCCAUAUGGUAUUGUUUAAUAUUGGAUUUAUGUAACUGUUUUACUGCACAGUAUUGAAUUGGUGUCCUUUGCACAGUUAGCAGUAAAUAAAAAUUCGCAUUUAAAAUUGCUAAAA